AUGCAGCCUCCCCGGAGAAGAAGGUGUGUCCGUGUCCGGCCAUCAGCUCCGGAGAAAGAAUCAAAGCAUUUUAUGAAAGCCAUACUUCCCUCACCAAUUCAUUCCAAACAAGUUAGAAUUCCAGAUGAGUUUAUAACAAGAUUUGGGAAUGAACUCAACAAUGUUGCUACUAUUACUGUUCCGGAUGGUCUUGUUUGGGAAAUGGAACUCAAGAAAUGCGGCAACAACGAAGUCUACUUUUGCAACAAAUGGCAAGAGUUUGCAGAAUACUAUGGUAUAAGAUAUGGUUGCUACCUGUGUUUCAAAUAUGAAGGGAAUUCAAAGUUUAGUGUUAUUAUAUUUGAUACAACUUCUGUUGAGAUUUCCUAUCCAAUCAAACCAGACACAAAGGGUUCUAGUCCUAAGAAAAGAUUCAUGGUUGAAAAAAGUGAGAAUGAUGCUAAACAGGUCAAAAUCAUGUCUAGUUCUGAUUCUAAGAGAGAGAAUGCUGCCAAUGAAUUCAACCCAGACAAACCUUAUUUUCGUACCAAAAUUGCUAAGGGCCAAUAUGCGUAUGUUACUCCUAAAUUUGCUAGAAAGUAUCUGAAGCCAAAUGUUCCUAUCAAGCUUCAAAAUUCUAAUGGAGAUCAGUGGGAAGUUUCUUGUGUAUUCUAUAAUGCCUUCGAAUCAGCAAUGCGAAUGGUGAGGGGAUUCAUUAAAUUCAGAAGGGACAACAAUCUGUCAGAAGGUGAUAUUUGUGUGUUUGAGCUGAUUAAUGAGAAGCCGGUUGUGCUAAAAGUCACAAUGUUUCGCGCGCCUCCCAGGAGAAGAAGGUGUCUCCUGCCAUCAGCUCCGAAGAAGGAAUCAAACCAUUUUAUCAAAGCCAUACUUCCUUCACCCAUUCAUUCCAAACAACUUAGAAUUCCGGAUGAGUUUAUAUCAAGAUUUGGGAAUGAACUCAAGGAUGUUGCCACGAUUAAUGUUCCGGAUGGCCGUGUUUGGGAAAUGGAACUCAAGAAAUGCGGCAACCAAGUCUACUUUUCCAACAAAUGGCAAGAGUUUGCAGAAUACUAUUGUAUAGGUUAUGGUUGUUACUUGUGUUUCAAAUAUGAAGGGAAUUCAAAGUUUAGUGUUAUUAUAUUUGAUAUUACUUCUGUUGAGAUUCCAUAUCCAUUCAAAACAAACACAAAAUAUUUUAGUCCAAACAAAAGUUUUAAGGUUAAAACAAGUGAGAAUCAUGGGGAAAAUGUCAAAAGCAUUUCUAACCCUGCUUCUAAGAGAGCACAGGAUGCUGCCAAUGAAUUCAAUCCAAUCAACCCUUAUUUUCGUACCAAAAUCAAUACGGGGAAAAAUGCGUAUGUUAGUGCUGAUUUUGCCCGAAAGUAUCUAAAGUCAAAUGUUCCUAUAGAGCUCCAAAAUUCUCUUGGAGAGCAGUGGGAAGUUUUUGCUGUAACGCAUGAUUCCAGAUCAUUGUCAACAAUGCAAAUAACUAGAGGAUUUCCCAAAUUUCAAAGGGACAAUAAUCUAUCAGAGGGAGAUAUUUGUGUAUUUGAGCUGAUCAAGUUAAAGCCGAAUGUGCUAAAAGUUUCAAUGUUUCGCGCAAUUGACUAUGGUUAUUAACAACUUCUGUAUGCUCUCAAAUGUGAUGGAUGAGGCAUGAUGUUGCAGGCUAUAUGUAGUUUUGACACCAAAUAGUAAUAGUCAAUUGUGUAUUAUGCAUUCUACGAGAUCAUCAAGCAAUGUUGAAGUUUAGAACCCUACUAGAAGGUUGAGGAAUUAUUGGACUAGGAUUGUCUUCAAACUUUUAUGACAGUUAGAAAAACAGGUUGGCUAGACAGGUUGAGAAAUAUUAUAUUUUUCAUGUUGCUUGCUGUUACUAAUGCCUGAUGAAAUGCAAUGAAUGUUGAGUAUGUU